AUGGCCCACCUCGCCGACAAACUAAAACAGGAAGGCAACGAUCUAUUCAAAGCCGGCGACUACAUAGCAGCAGAAGAACGAUACACGGCCGCAAUUACAAAGUACUCUCGCAACCCUCUCAUCUUUACCAACCGCGCACUCGCUCGCAUCAGACUCCAAAGAUGGCAAGGCGUACUGGAAGACUGCCUCAAGAGUCUCGAGUACACGCCUCGCGACGGCUUCAACUUCAAGUCCUACUUCUACCUCGCCCAAGCCCAACUCGCUCUCCACCACCCCAAUGAAGCCCUCCACUCGGCCUUGACAGCCUACAACCAAGCCAUGCAUCCUCCUCAAGCCGAAGCUACCAAAGCAAUCGCCGCACUCCCUUCCCUCUCCGAAUUGGUCCUCAAAUGCAAGAAAGAGAAGUUCGCAGCUAGGGAACGCGAACGCAGGCGCAAAAGAGGCGACAUCCUCGCCGAAUUGGAAGAAAAUCUGGAAACGAACAAACGCAACGAUCUCUCUGAUACAGAAAUCGCUUUGUCACAACAACGAAUCGGUGUCAUUGAAGCCCAAGAACGCCGCGCCGAGAUUCUGGAAACACACCAAGGAAAACUGGAUGAACUACACACUGUGUUUGCACUGGCGGAUCCUCAGAAUCACCAGGCCAGAGAGGUUCCUGAUUACUUGGUGGACACGAUAAGUUUUGAGAUUAUGCAUGAUCCGGUUAUUACGAGGACGGGCCAUUCGUAUGAGAGAGCGACAUUGCUGGAGUACUUGAAAAACAGUCCGGUGGAUCCGUUGACGAGGGAGCCGUUGACGGUAAAGGACUUGAGGCCGAAUGUUGCAUUGAGACAGGUGCUCGAGGAGUUUUGGAAGACGGCGGGCAAUUGGGCCAUUGAUUGGUGA